CAUGGCUCUCCUGGGGGAUGGGAACCACACUGCAGUGACACAGUUCAUUUUAGUUGGCCUAACAGACAACCCAGUCCUUCGAGUCAUCCUCUUCAUCAUCAUCCUGUGCCUCUACCUGGUGACCCUGUCUGGAAACCUCAGCACAAUCCUGCUAAUCAGAAUCUCUCCUCAGCUCCAUCACCCCAUGUACUUUUUUCUGAGCCACUUGGCUUCCACUGACAUUGGCUAUUCAUCUACUGUCACACCCAAUAUGCUUGUUAACUUCUUGGUGGAGAGGAAUACCAUCUCCUAUCUUGGAUGUGCCAUCCAGCUUGGUUCUGCUGCUUUCUUUGGAACAUUUGAAUGUUUUCUUCUGGCUGUCAUGGCUUAUGAUCGCUUUGUGGCAAUCUGUAGCCCGCUGCUUUAUUCAACCAAAAUGUCCACACAGGUCUGUACCCUGUUGGUUGUAGGAUCGUAUGUGAGUAGUUUUCUUAAUGCUUCCUGCUUUACCUUUUCCUUCUUUUCUUUUUCCUUCUGUGGGCCAAACAGAGUCAAUCACUUUUUCUGUGAUUUUUCUCCUUUAGUUGAACUUUGUUGUUCUGAUGUCAGGGUCUUUGCAAUUGUUACCUCAUUUUCUGGAGGCACCGUUACUGUUAUCACAAUGUUAGUCACAGCCAUCUCCUACAUCUACAUCCUCAUCACCAUCCUGAAGAUGCGCUCCACUGAAGGCCGCCAGAAGGCCUUCUCCACCUGCACCUCCCACCUCACUGCAGUCACUUUGUUCUAUGGGACCACCACAUUCAUUUAUGUGUUGCCCAAAUCCAGCUACUCCAGUGAUCAGAACAAGGUAGCAUCUGUGUUCUACACUACGGUGAUCCCCAUGUUGAACCCCCUCAUCUACAGUCUCAAGAGUAAUGAGAUUAAGAAUGCUUUUAAGAGACAGCUUAGUAAGAAAAUAUUUUCAUAG